AGGGUUUGUUUGUAGUGUGGCAAAAAAUAUGGUGGCUGGUAAUAUGGGGUGUGUGUUCUACAAAGUAAUUAAAAGAAAUCCUACCUUUAUCACUGGUUAAUGGAUUCUUUUUUGAGAGUUAUUCUAUUAUUUGUUUAUCUAAGAGGUGGAGCUGGCGAAAUAAAUUGCGUAUAUGUAAAGACGAGCCAUCGAAAAUUUGGAAAGCCUGUACCACAAAUCUUGCUUUGGUUUCUAAAUAGCCCCAAGCAUACAUUAUGGUUUUAUAUAUCCAUCACAAUUAUUAUGAAGUCAACACCCAUAUCGUUUGGAACUGUUCUGUUAGAAUCAAAAUAUGAUAGACCUUUGUUUAACGAUUAUUAUAAAAGGCCGGCUUUAAUUAGGUAGCGCUCUGCGUAAAGCUUCGUAUUGGUUGGCUUACGUGCUCCGCUUUGUGGCAACAUGCCUCUACCAAAAGCCAACUAUCAUGCAAUUUCGCUUGAUAAAAGUUGUAGAGUAGUUUUUGAAAUUAUGUCCUUCAAACAUUUUUCAAUCAUGGAAACAAAAUCAAACAUCGCAAUCUGCUUUUCGUCUUUUUGUGAUUUGUGAUUUGUCUAUUGAGCAACUGUAUACACUUUUCUGAGAUUAUUACUCGACCGUAAUUAGCUUUGUAUUUUUGCUUUUACAUCGUCAACGCUCGUUACUGGUAGAGUUUGCCAUAGCGUCCUUCGAUCCCCUCAGUACACAAUAAGACUAAACACAAGUGAACACAUUCGAAAGAAUAAGGCAAGGACAAAAGUUUAAAGUAUAUUGUAGGCAUUUAUUUAAAAGAACA